GCUCUGCCUGAAUCCGAACUGUUUUCGAGUGUUCACCAAACCCGUUUGAGCGCGAGUCUAUUUUCAUCCGGAAGGUCCUGAGAGGCAGGUGAGAGAGGCGUCUCCGAGGGGCCUGGUGGAGCCCCAGGGACGGCCCAGGUUACACUGGUUCAGGGUUUGUUUUUCACUCUGCCUCUUUGAUUAAAACCUGACACAGUUACCAUGGGUCUCUCACCUGUGGAACUAAUUAUCACAUUAUUACCGAAGUCCUCAUAAACAAGCGAAGGCGCAGCUCCUCGCAAAUCAUUUUUCCGCAGGACCAUAACCAAGUAAGUGUUUCAUCCUCUGCAGAUCCCACCGUUACUGAGCUGCACUGAGAUACUUUGGACUUGGAUUGUUACGUAGGUCGUGAGAUACUUUGAUAUCCUGCAGCCAUGCCUAGCCAACUUGAAGGUGCCAUGGACGCCCUCAUAACAGUUUUCUACAACUACUCAGGAAACGAUGGAGACAAGUUCAAGCUCAACAAGGGGGAACUGAAAGAGCUCCUCAACAGUGAACUCACUGACUUUCUCACGUCUCAGAAAGAUCCCAUGCUGGUGGAGAAGAUCAUGAACGACCUGGACUCCAACAAAGACAAUGAAGUGGACUUCAACGAGUUUGUGGUCCUGGUGGCGGCCCUGACCGUGGCCUGCAACGACUUCUUCCAGGAGAAGCAGAGGAAGAACAACAAGUAGCUGCCCCCUUGGACAGCCACUAGGCCAGGGGUCUCCAACCCUGCUCCUGGAGAGCUCCCAUCCAGACUGUUUUCACUUCAACCUCAAUGUAGCACACCUGAUUCUACUAAUUAGCCGGAUGAUGAACUGAAUGAGGCAAUAUUAUUUGCAGUUGAAGUGAAAACUUACAGGAUGGUAGCUCUCCAAGACUGGAGCUGGAGACCCCCCUCUAGGCCCUCCCAGGCAUCUGCCUGAUUCACUCUGGUUCCCUUGAUUCAUCACAUGUUUACUCUGAACCACAGCUAGAACGGCUAGAUUGUUUUAAUGUCCCUUAAGACACGCUAAAGAUUAUGUUUUGUCUUGUUGAGUUGUUGUCAGAAAUCUUGCUUGCUUUUGGAACCCUGUCAAGUUUUCUUUUUUCGUGAGCUGUUUUAAACAUGCAUGUUUGAAAACACGUUUAAUAUUCUUCUCUGUCACUCAUGUCAACUUUGAAGAAACUAGUUUGACGAUAUUUCGAGGCUUGUCACACAGUGGCUUAACCACUAACAAGGGCUGUUCUGGUGUGCUUGGCAGCAGGACAUCCUCAAAGAUCACCACCUCAUGUCCUAUUAUGUCUUCGCUUCCUGUUUGGUAUUGUUUCAUCAGAAUCCUUACAUAAGUUGCUCAGGUUAUAGACUGAAUGAUUUACUCUGGUGUUCCUUGUACAGGUACCUUAGUUUCUUGUGUUUAGAAUGAACCUUGUGUUGUGCGACAUGUUACAUUUCAUUGAACGUGUCUGCCACGUAAGUUGAUUUGAUGUCUAUGUGUUGAUUAUUGUGAAACUAGGUCAUGUACAUUUCUGUUAUCUAAAGUUUAUGUACCCAAAUGUAGUAAAUAUAUUGUUUUUGUGAAAGACAGCAUAAUGACAGCAUAAUAAAAUCUG